UCAUGAGUGUAUUUUGUAAAAGUAAAGUAAAAUGGAGUCCCCCAGUAGAAGUAAAAUGGGGUCGACUAGUAGAAAAAAGAUCCACCUCAAUCAUUAGGUUAUUGUAUCAAGCCAAGGCGGGAAUUGAUGUGUGUGUGAAGGCGAAGGGAAAAUAUUGCCAAACGUGCAUUCUGUACGCCAAAUCAUAUAUGCAAGAUUAUGAGAUCGGAGAAAAAUUACGAUCAGAAGCAAAUGGCUUCUGUUGUAGCAGCGACGGAGAGAAGCUCGGAUCAGUGAUUCUGGCAAAAAUAUUAGAUUGAGUUUCAAAGGAGAUAAGAAAUGCAGGACGAGUAAGGGAGAUCGAUCAGGAUGGUAUUUGCUGAAAUCGGUAAAUGUGUUUGGGAGAUAAUCGGUGACCCAGUUAAUCGUGAGAUUGGUUACUUGUUUAACUAUGAUGAUAAUAUUAAGAACAUUCAUGUGGAAGAUGAGAAGCUUGGUUGUCUGAAAAAAAGGGUGGAAACGGCAUUUAAGGCCGCCACAAGGAUUGGGGAAGAUACUGAAGAUGGUGUCGAGAAGUGGCUUAAAAAUGUGGAUACUAUCACCUCCGAGUUCAAAACGCUUUUGGAAGACGAAGCAAAGGUGGACAAGAGCUGCCUAGGCGGAUGGUGCAACUGCAGCUCCCGAUACCAGUUUAGCAAAAAAGCAAAGCAGAAAACUGAUGAAAUUACUGACCUCUAUAAAGAGGGCUGCGAAUUCCAGAUUUUGUCUGGCCCUGCUCUACCACCAGGAAAUGAAGCUUCUUCAAGCAAAGAUUUUCGCACUUUCCAAACAAGAGCAUCAGUCACAGAGGAGAUUAUGGAUGCUUUGAAGGACGACAACACUCACAUCAUUGGAAUUUGUGGAAUGGGAGGCGUGGGCAAGACGACACUAGUGAAGGAAAUUGGCAUAUGUGCAGAAGAGAGAGAGCUAUUCGGCCAGGUUGUGAUGGCGGUUGUUUCUCGAAAUCCAAGCGUGACAGAGAUCCAAAAGGAAAUUAUAGCAGACAUGCUAGGCAAGAAGCUAGAUAACAAUGUCAGUGAAUCACCGAGAACACAGUUAUGGCAAACAAUAAAGGCCAGGAAGAAACCAGUUCUGGUAAUACUUGAUGAUGUUUGGGACAAACUUGAUCUGGAGGCUGUUGGCAUUCCUUUCGGGGAUGAUCAUAGGGGUUGUAAAAUUGUGUUAACCACUCGAAGCCGAGAAGUUUGCAAUCAAAUGGGAGUUCAAAAGAUUGUUCAUGUCAAUGAGUUGCUGAGACCAGAAGCAUGGAUCUUUUUCAAGGAGAUGGCCGGUGAAGCUGCCGAUUUGAAUCCCAAUGCAAGAGAUGUAUCAGAUGAAUGCAGUGGUGUGCCACUUGUUAUUGUGACAAUCGCUAGAGGGUUGAAAAAUAAAAAUGAGUACGUGUGGGCUAAUGCGGCUCGACAACUGAGGAGGUCAAACCCAAAAAACAUCCCCGGACUGGAAAAAGCUGUGUAUGCCAAAUUGGAGUUGAGUUUCGAUUAUCUGGAUAGCGAGGAGGCCAAAUAUUUGUUCUUACUCUGUUGCUUGUUUCCAGAAGAUCAUAACAUUCCGAUUGAAGACUUGACGAGAUACGCCAUGGCGCUGAGGAUGUUUGAAGAUGUCAGCACCAUUGAAAAUGCAAGAGGUAAAGUCUAUGCUGUGGUAAGUACCCUUAUUGAUUCUUUUAUGUUGUUAGAUGGUUCUAAGAAAGGGUUCGUUAAAAUGCAUGAUGUUCUUCAUGGUGUUGCAAUAUUUAUUUCGUCUAAACAUGAGAAGUACCGGUUUAAGGUUAUGGCUGGACUGAGAGAUUGGCCAGACGCAGAAACAUUUGAAAAUUAUUCAGCCAUCUCAUUGAUAUCAAAUGAUAUUAAUGAGCUUCCUGGGGAGCUACAAGCCCCAAACCUCCAGACUUUGCGACUACAAUGCAAUUCUCAGUUGCAAAUUCCAGAUGAUUUCUUCCAAGGAUCGAAAGAUCAAUUAAAAUUUUUGGAAAUGAGCGGUAUCCAUUUCUUGCCCAUACUUCCACCAUCACUUCAACCGCUUUCUAAUACCCUUCGAACCCUUCAUCUAACUUCUUGCAAGUUGGAGGACAUAUCUAUGAUAGCAACACUACAUAAGCUUGAGAUUCUCAGCUUUUGUGGUUCUGAAAUUGGUGAAAUUCCUGAUGAUAUUGCCAAAUUGGCUCAUCUCAAACUCCUUGAUUUGACCAACUGUGAAAAACUUACCAAAAUAGUACCAGGCGUCAUAUGCAAACUUCCUAAAUUAGAGGAGCUAUAUUUGCCAGAACUUUUUAAGUUCGACAAUCUUGUUGAGCUAAAUUCCUUGUCUCAAUUGGUUUGCCUGCAAAUUUUGAUUCCAAUGGAUCUGUUGCAUAUAGAUUUACAUGAGCGCGCGAGAGUGUUAACAAGCUUCAACAUAAUAAUUGGCAUUGGAAAAGAAUAUAAGAUUCGCCAAGUAUACAAACCUCAUCCUUAUGUAUGCAUGGGAAGCUUGAGAAUUUGCCAUGAUGGGCCAAUACAAUCAUUAUUGUCGGAUUGGGUUAAGUUGCUGUUAAAGAAGACUAAGCAUCUAGUUUUGGACCACUUGAAGGAUUUCAAAAAUAUCUUCAGUGAACUAAAUGAGGAGGGAUUCAAUGAAUUAAAGUCUCUUGAACUCAAUUUCCUUGAAGAGACGAAAUAUCUGGUGAACACAAAGGAGUGGACACCGCAGGUGGCCUUUCGCAGGUUAGAAGUUUUGUCGAUUAACACGCUAUACGGCUUCAUUGAAGUAUGCCCUGGCCAACUCCCGGACAAAUCUUUCUGCAAUGUACGAGAACUACAUGUGCGUUUCUGUAAGCACAUGCUGAAACUGGUUUCAUCCAGUUUGCUAGUAAGGCUAAAAAAUCUUGAGAAGCUGUGUGUCAUGGAUUGUUAUAAGCUGGUACAUGUUUUUGAAGAGCAUGUAGUUAAAGAAGAGUUAGUGUUGCUCUCAAAGCUGAAAGAAAUCGAUCUACGUCAUUUGUACGCGAUGACGCAUGUGUGGAAGAACGGCCCCCAUCAAUUUAUUAGCCUUUGUAACCUUGAGAAGGUCCGUGUGAGUUAUUGUACCAAGUUAACAAAGUUAUUCUCUCCAAAGCUAUUACGAGGGCUUGUUCGCCUGAAAUACCUCCAUAUUAUUCAUUGCGAUAGUUUGGAAGUAUUAUUUGGACAUGACGAGGAACAAGAUACGGAGAUAGCAGUCCCUUGCUUGAGAAGCCUCACACAUUUAAGGGUGGAUAAUUGCUAUAAUUUAAGAUGCCUUUUCUCAACCUCCGUCGUUCAAGGUGAUCUCGAGAAACUCAAGAAUUUGGAGGUAUUCUGCUGCAAUGCAUUGCAAUAUGUAAUCGAGGAUAAGAAAGGAAAACAAGAAUUGGCUCCAGUUGAGAAGACGAUUGUAUUCCCUUUCUGGUCCUCGAUGUCACUUAAACAUCUGUUCAAUUUCAAGAGUUUCUGCACCGGACUCUAUACUAUUGAAUGGCCAUCUCUGGAAGUGCUGGAUAUCCAAUCUUGUCCCAACAUCCAGACUUUUGGUGAUGGAGUCCAAGUAACACCCCGACUGAAGGAAGUGAAAGAUGAUUCAGGGUCGCCAAAGAUUGUGAUCGAUGGGGACCUUAAUGACGCUGUGAAAAAAUACUUCAAACUGCAGGCAUCAGCUCCGGAGGCACCUGGUACCAGUCACUCUUCCCCGUAAGGCAUGGCACACUUGAAGACUCGGUCGGUGUGUGAUCAGGUUUGUUCUUUGCCAAUUCUCCAAUCUAAUUAUAGGUUGCAGUUCAGUAUUAGCAUUGAAAGUAGGAGCUUGGUGAUGAUUUCCAACUACCCCUUUCUGUUGCUGAAAGAAAAAAAAAAACGAAGAAAAAAAAAAAAGAAAAAAGAAAAGAAAAGGUAUUUCAUCUCCAGCAGGCAUUUAUAUAUUAUUCCUUUUGUUAUUAUCUUCUUUCUUGUAUUGUAGUCCUUUGGUUUGCUUCAUUAUAUUUGCGACCGUGUGUUUAUUACUUGUAUAAACCAGUAUUGUAUCUCAGUGGAAUAUUUUAUGUAUAAAUUUGUUUUUUUUGUUGUUGUUUUAAUAAAGUUGUUGUUUUUGUUGUUUUAAUAA